CAAGAUUUGUGCACAAAAAAAAAAAAAAAAAAAAACUUUUUACAACUCUCCAAACUUUCUGUGAACAGUCACAAAAGAUUUUCAUCAACUCAUAGGAGAGAACAAAAAAGAGCAAUAAGCUCAAAGAAUGGUAGUACUAUUUUCCAAGAACAUAUAGAAACCAAAAGAAAAAAAAAGAAUCUUGAAAAUAGCAGAUCAAGAAAAUAUGGAACUUACCAUAAAGAAAACAAAAUGGAUGGUACCUCUAGCUUUUGCUCUUUUAAUCUCUUUUUCCUUAAUCAUUUUCACACUUUCUACUAAAAAUCCAUUUCAAAACUCACCAAUUAAAGCUAAAGUUCCAAUCUUUGUUGAAUCUAAACUACAUAUAUCAUCUACUAGACCAAUUUCAACAAUACCAAGAUUAGCAUAUUUGAUAUCUGGUUCAAGUGGAGAUGGUGAGACCUUAAAAAGGACAUUAAAGUCAUUAUACCAUCCAUUAAAUCAAUAUGUUGUACAUUUAGACCUUGAAGCACCAGCUGAUGAGAGAUUAGAGUUGGUUAAUUUUGUAAAAAGGGAACCUUUGUUUGUUAAAGUUGGGAAUGUUAGAGUUGUUGUGAGAUCUAAUUUGGUUACUUAUAGAGGGCCAACUAUGGUUAGUAAUACACUUCAUGCUGCUGCUAUUUUGCUUAAGGAAGGUGGUGAGUGGGAUUGGUUUAUCAAUCUUAGUGCUUCUGAUUAUCCUUUGGUUACACAAGAUGGUAUGUUGUUAAAACUAUUUGUUGCAAUCUUUUUAUAUAUCUUUGCCUUUUUUCUGUGUGUUUACUUGUGGAGUAUCAUUUGCUUUAUUUGCUGAGAUUCCUGGUUUUUCAGAUUG